AUGUCACAAGUCCCACUUUCACAACGGUUUGUGGAUGUGGUCCACUCGGUGAAAAAACUUGAGAGCAGCUCGCUUCGGAAGGACUCGAAAGCCUUCCAAGAUCAACUGUCUGAAACAAUCAAUGAUCUUGAGUCUGUGAAGAAGACCAUUCAACAACUGGCUAUGUUUAGUACUAAUGAGGAGAUUGAAGAGGUUAAUACUAAAGAUAUACAAUAUUUGGCUAUUGACUUCUAUUUGGCUAGAGCUUUGGAGAAUUCUACGAAGCUAAGACAACAGGCUCUGCAGACGAGUCAAACGUUGUACAUUCAGUUUUUGCACAGCUUGGAAAAUUAUGGCUUACUGGAUAGAAACCAGCAGGAACGAUUGGAUAAUUUCAAAGAAAGCUUUAAUCCAACGUUAUCAGAGCUGAGACCUGACGAUCCAGUUAAAAGAAGAGAACUCAAGAUUGCCAAUUUCAAAGCAGAGAAAGAGUUCAAUUUGAAACUAUCCGUACUGAACGACCCAACCACAAAUCUAGAGAAUAUGGACGAUGAGGUUGUCAGAGAAAUAUACACAGAUCAAUUGAAGUUGCAGACUCUGCAAGCCUUUCAGCAUAUCGAAGCCAACAUGAUGGAGUUGGAGGUUUUAAAACACAUGCCACAACCAAGAUUGACGGAGGUGAAAGAACUUGAUGACAGAGAAAGGGAAAGAGAAGGGUCCAGAGAAGCCAAUCUAAAAUUCACAGAUAAGCUGGAGAGUCUGAGCCAGCCACUUUUGUCCAAGCAAGGUAAGGUUCUCAGGCCGUUCACAAUUGUCUCUGACAGGAAGCAACUACAAAAAAAGGUAUUUGGCACAGGACAAGAACUUCCCAGUAUGACAGUUGAAGAAUAUUUGGAUUACGAGCUGGCAAAUGGCGGAAUGGUCAAGCCACAAGAGCCUGAAAAAGAAGUAGACGAAGACGAUAUGGAAGCUGCUGAUAAGGAGACCUAUGAGAAGAGAGAUUGGGACGAGUUCGUGGAGGCCAACCCCAAAGGAAGUGGAAAUACUGCAAAUCUGGGUUGA